AUGGCAAAGAACUUCAACUCCGUCAGCUACACCGUUCUCUUGCUUGUCAUCGUGAUGGCUUCAACCGGGUUCCUCGAGAGCGAGGCUAUUGACUGCGUCAAUAACAGUGCUGAUUUAUGCCCUAGCCGUGUGUUCUACCAGGAAUGUGGAGCUGAGCCGUUCACAGGUACAGAUGCUGAUUGUUGUAACUGUUGCAAAACCACAUGGGGAAGUCCUCCAGUCUGUUGGGCGGUCGUUGAGGGAACCGAUAAACAUUGUCAUUGCUACAAAAAGGCAUGA